CUUUCUCUUUCUCCCUCAUCUCUCUCUCUCUCUCUCUCUCUCUCUCUCUCUCUCCGUGGAAGGAGACGUUGACCAAGAGCCUGAGAUCCAGCGAGCGAUUUUGAACAAUCGCGCUCGCUCGAGAUAGAAAGAUCACAUCUUUCAUCCUCUACGAUCUGGAGAGAUCUGUAAGUUCAUUUCCUGUAAUUUCGUUAGGGUUCUCCUCAGAUCUGGCGAAUGGAUAGCAGUUACUCGGUCAUUCCCAAAAGUUCUUACUUAGAAUUGCAGAAACAUACCGACAAUGGGAAUCCGGCAAAACCCAGAAGUAAAUUGCUUUCUUCCGAUGAAGAAAGCUUUGUGAAUGAUUUUGAUGAUCACGGUAAUGGUUGUGUUGUGGGUGAUGAACAUGGGGAUGAUCUGGACUUCGAUAUCGACGAUUAUACGCUUGUUCAGGGGAAAUCGAAUGCUGGGUCUGGGGUCUACGGUGCGGUUUUUAAUCUCACGACAUCGAUUAUUGGUGCCGGAAUCAUGGCAUUGCCUGCCACCAUGAAAGUUCUCGGCUUGAUUCUAGGGUUUGUGUUGAUUAUUUUGAUGGGGAUUCUGUCUGAGAUUAGUGUUGAAUUGUUGGUCAGAUAUGCGGUUCUUCACAAGGCUAGAUCCUAUGGUGAAGUCGUGCAAUGUGCAAUGGGCAAAACCGCCAGGCUUCUGUCCGAAAUCUGUAUCAUCGUGAACAAUGCUGGCGUUCUUGUGGUGUAUCUGAUUAUCAUGGGUGAUGUGAUGUCAGGUUCAGUGCGUCACAUUGGGGUUUUCGAUCAAUGGUUAGGUAAUGGUUUUUGGGAUCACCGCAAAGUUUUGAUUUUGAUAGUUCUGGUGAUCUUUUUGGCUCCACUCUGUGCAUUGAACAAGAUCGAUUCCUUGAGCUUGACCUCAGCAGCAUCAGUUGCUCUAGCCGUUGUAUUUGUCGUCGUCUGUUUCGCUGUAGCUGUGAUCAAGCUUGUUGAAGGGACAGUUGACCCUCCAAGACUGACUCCUGAUUUCGGUUCCAAAAAGGCAAUUCUUGAUCUCCUCGUCGUCAUUCCUAUCAUGUCAAACGCUUACGUCUGUCACUUCAAUGUCCAGCCGAUCUAUAAUGAGCUCGAGGGUAAGUCGCCACAGAAGAUGAACCGGGUAGGAAGGAUCACCACUCUUAUUUGUGUUGUGGUAUAUGCUUCCACGGCUAUAUCUGGUUACCUUCUCUUCGGCAAGGACACUGAAUCAGAUGUUCUUACAAACUUUGACAAAGACCUCGGCAUCCGUUUUAGCUCUGCCCUGAAUUACAUUGUCAGAGUUGGAUACAUUCUUCAUCUGAUUCUUGUCUUCCCUGUAAUCCAUUUCUCCCUGAGGGAAACCGUCGAUACCUUAGCAUUCAAGGGUUACCCUCCUCUGUCUGAAAGCAAGAAGAGAUCGUUGGCACUUACAAUCAUCUUGCUGGCGCUUAUUUACAUCGGGUCUACCAUGAUCCCAAACAUAUGGACCGCUUUCAAGUUCACGGGUGCAACAUCAGCCGUCUCUCUGGGUUUUACAUUCCCUGCUCUUAUAUCACUGCGGUUAGGAACACAGGGCGACGGGUUAAGGCUCGGGGAAAAGUAUAUGUCAUGGUUUAUGCUGAUCUUGGCUGCUGUAGUUAGCCUUGUAGGAGUCAUCGGCAAUAUAUAUAGCAUCCAAAGUAAAUCAGAUUGAUUUCUUAUGAUUCUUUUAGGACACAAAAAUUGAAACUUUCCGUACACCAGGGAACUGGAAAGAUCUCAAUUAGCAGCUCUUGUUCAGGCUGAGCAGUAAGAUCGCGGGCUUGUGAAUUGUGUAACGAGUCUUCUUCCUCGUCCCAUAUACUCGAAUUUUUAUGUAUACAAACGAUAUUCUGUCCCAUGAUUUUGCUGUUUGAAAUGAAGUUAAUUCUACUUUUGUGUCUGCA